GUGACGCCGUCCCAUAAAGACAUUGCCGAAGCAAACACCGAGGGUCAUUCAUCGUGGAAACCCGCCGAACCGCCGGAAAAUGCUAAAGAAUGCCCAGAACCAGAACGCGUCCUACAAGUGCCAGUAAAUGAAAACCCCAACGACUCAAGUAUGGCUCGAACCGACCCAUCCCGAAAAAGUAAAGCCAACAGGGUAAAAGGUUACAUCAGACGUUGCAAAGACGCAUUGGCUUCUAAAAGUGUCCAGGAGUCCAAUCCCGAAAUAGGUCGAAGUGCUUGGUACAUUGCAGAAGAUAAAUCCAAAACUAAAAUAGAAAACAGUGAUGAAAAACAAAGUUGCCAUAUAAUACCUGCUGAAUUACAUAGAUGCGAGACAUCUGGUGAAAUUGAAUGCACUAGUGACAAUAAAAAUGCAUUAAGUGUUGUUUUUACAGUCGAAAUUGAUCAGGAACAAACGGUCGAUAUAGUGCAAAGUUUAGACGCGGAAGAUUUAAAAACUUCCGAUGGUGAAGUUGAAAUAUAGCAGAAAACUUAGGUGUUGAAUGUACUGAAAGUUCUGAAAAUAGAAAAUGUACGGAAAGUGCUGAAAAUGCAGAAAGCACGGAAAGUGCAGAAAGUGAAGUGUUUGUAGAGACUGAGCAAGAACAGAAUGAGUGUGCUGAAAGUACAAUAGUCAGAUCAGAAAGUGAUGACCUACAGGGUUCCCUGUGCAGUAUGCUAGACCGAUCGCUCGGUGGCGUGAUACCGCAGUACGCCUCGGUGAGGAAUUCUCUGCUGAGGCAGGCGAGGGACCUGCUCGUCUGCGCUCACCUGGGCGAUCUUGACCAGUUCGAGAGGUGUUUCUUGGUUCCUGCCGCCGAACUCAUCGCCACCAUCAUCAGGCAACAAGCUCAGAUCCGAGGCGUAGUCGUUAGCGGAUGGCCAGUAACCCUGUAUCGUGGCGGUUUGGCACUUCAUUUGGGCGAAUUAGACCCUUCAUAUCUGACACGGACCGGUGACUGUUACCUCUGCGUCCGUCCUUGUGACGUUUCUUCAGUUGGAGACCAGGCGACGCACCAAUCUUCGGAUGUCGUCGAAUUGGCAUUGAUCUGGCGCGGCGCCGAUAGGGAAAUUCAUUCCAGGCGGUUAGAACCGGGCACGCCGGACUCUUCGCUCGGCUUACAGAUGGACGUGCUGCCCGAUCUGUUGCGCGGCCUCUUGAUAACGGUCGAACGCGCGGUCGAGAGAGCCCCGUUGGAAGCCCUAGCAUUUCCUUGUCCACUCUGCGGAAGGUGUUACGAAUCCUGGAUGGGUAAUAAUGCGAACACCGAGUCGCAGACCGAUAACACGGUCUGCAGAUGUAGAGAAUAUACGGUACCAAAUAAGGAUAAUCAAGAUAGCAAAUGCAAGGAGACAAUACAGGAGAAAGGAAGAGAUCAACAGAGCUCAGAACUUGCGGGUGCGGUGUUUGCCCUGGGCGGAUCGAUACCGCAUAUCGACAGCGAUGAGGAUGAGGAGCUGCCUAAUAAACGUCUGUCUGCCAUGACGGGAAUGCUGACAAAACUACCGCAUGAUGUUGUCCCGCCGAAGGCUAUUAAAGAUUUGUCCGAAAAGUUAUUAACUUGUGGAAUAACAUUUCCAGGAACUCGAGAUAUAUCAGGUCGGCCACUUGUUAUAGUUGAUGCUUCUGAAUUAUCACGUGCUGGUUUGAGUUGUUUUGAAGUUGCUACUUUGCUCUUAUACUACACUUCAUUACCAAGUGAAGACAGUCUACAGCGGGGCAUAGCAGUUUUAGUGCUGCUUGAUGAAACUGGCGAGCAUGAUCAACGUAUUUGGGAACUUUUAGACACUUCUCUGUUGCUAUUAGGAGCACGUGUUCCAGCUCAAAUAGUACUGACAUGGGAACCCAACGGAGAUGAAAAUAAUGCUCAACCAUCAUGGAGGAAUGAACAACCCGCAUUGCUACCUUGCAGUCGUAUUCAAUGUUACAGAUGUUUGGAUAGCCAUGCACUUAGUCAAUACUUACCCAGCCAUCAGACCCCGGAACGUUGUGGUGGUUCAGCAAGACAUGAUCAGCGCGAAUGGAUUCGAUUUUUCAGGGAAUAUGAAGCAUUUCGUGAACGGUGCUGCGAAGCUGGCAGAAGGCUAAUGAGUGAAGCCAAAGAAUGCAAUACAACUGAUGAACACAAUGGUAAAACAGUAACUCGUAAAUCGCUUCAUCGCCAACAUCGUGCAUUGUCUCGGUCUCUUCUUUGUCCGGCUUUGAGAGCUUUGCGACGUGAUUCACCAGGGCUUCUGGCCCAGCUGGCUGGACGGGCACACGGAGCGUCUGCUGGUUCUAGUGAUGAAGUUGCGGCUGCUCUGGUGGCUGCGAGACGUCUUGCAGCUGAAAUUGAACGAGCUUGCCAGGGGCUAGAGAUGCUGGCCGAGAGACGGAGAGAAAGGCUACGAGAAUUAGCUAGGGAACAAGCCUUGGAACACGAAACAGACGAGGUAUUAUCGUGGAUGCGUCAUUCGGGUGAAGACAUGCUACAGACCUACAUCUCAGGAAAUAGUUCUAACAAUCAAGAUGCUAAGAGGCAGGAACAAGAUUUUGAGCAGUUUUAUUUUAUUUCGAUGCGUCAGCUCGAUCGAGGAGCAGAUUUAUGUGAAGAAGCAGCCAAAAGAACGCCCCUUCAGAGUACGGUACUCGCCCUCCGCGCCCAUAUGCGGGACUUCUCGACCCGCCUGGAAGCAGCUCGGGAAAGGCUUGAAGAAUCCGCCAGGAUUCGCAUCAACCACUCUCUCACUUCAACAACAAAUUCUAACCAAACAGAUCCAAACAAUCAACAGAAGAACAAAGAUAAUAGUCAACAAAUAAGUCAGUCUAGUGAAUGGGAUAUCGAAAAUGAGGAACGAGGUGGAGAUUCUGGUAUAGGAGCUUGUGUUAACUGUGAAGAUCGUGCGCCGAAAAAUGGAAAAGCUUUGGAUAGGUCUUGUUCGUGCAGAUGCUACAGUGAUCCUGAUCAAGAAAGAGCUGAUGGAAGUGAAGGAUGUCCUAUGAGCAAUUGUACCGACGAACUCGAGGAUGAGUCAUUCGAACCUCAGACUUCGACGCCUAAACCCCGAGGUCCGUUGGAGGUCAAUAGCCACCUGCAUUGCCACGCCUCUAACAUUGACCUGCCCGAUAUUAACGAUUUGCCCGGAGCUACUGACAUUGAUCCCAAGACCUACAAAACUUUGCUUUUAAUAACACGAGAAAUGAUUCAAACGGAGCGCGACUAUGUCAAAUCCUUGGACUACAUAAUAGAUCAUUAUCUGCCAGAACUUUUGCGAGAUGAUAUACCGCAAGCUUUGAGAGGACAACGAAAUGUUGUUUUUGGAAAUGUUGAAAAAAUCUAUGAAUUUCACAAUCAACAUUUUUUGCGCGAGUUGGAACGAUGUGAGAAUAAUCCUUUACAGAUUGGAAGAUCCUUUUUGAGACACGAGAAGAAAUUUUAUUUGUAUGCUCUGUACAAUAAAAAUAAACCGAAAUCGGAUUCUCUUAUGUCGGAAUAUGGAAGCUCAUUUUUUAAGAGUAAGCAACUAGAAUUGGGCGAUAAGAUGGAUCUUGCAAGUUACCUUUUGAAGCCAGUCCAACGGAUGGGGAAAUAUGCUUUAUUGCUGCAGCAACUUAUGAAAGCAGUUGCUCCAGAAGGUUCUGAAAAUUCUGCUGAUCUAGACGAUCUUAAAAACGCCGAACAAAUGGUUCGUUUCCAAUUGAGGCACGGAAAUGAUUUGCUGGCUAUGGAUUCUUUACGAGAGUGCGAUGUAAAUGUUAAAGAGCAGGGGCGUCUUUUGAGGCAAAAUGAAUUUCUAGUAUGGGAAGGCAAAAGCGGAAAGAAGUCUAUGAGACAAGUAUUCUUAUUCGAAGACUUGAUAUUGUUUAGCAAGGCUAGAAGAUUUCCUGAUCACAAAAAUUUGGACCUGUACAUUUAUAAAAAUAGUAUUAAAACAUCGGAUAUCGGUCUCACUGCUAGAAUAGGCGACAGUUCUACCAAGUUUGAGAUCUGGUUCCGAAAACGCAAACCGAACGAUACUUUUACCUUACAGUCUAUGUCUGAAGAUGUUAAAAAGGCUUGGACUGAAGAAAUUUCACAGUUGUUGUGGAAACAAGCGUUAAGAAAUCGAGAGGUUCGCUUGGCUGAGAUGUCUUCCAUGGGGAUUGGUAACAAACCCUGCUUGGAUAUCCGUCCCAGUUGCGAUCAGAUUAGUGACAGGUCUAUUAGUAUUGCCCAGCUAAGCAAAACUGCUCCUAGAUUCCGCAAUUCGAUUUCCAGUUCCACAUGUUCCGAGCUCAGUUUGCGAGUAAGCAAACGCCCUCACUCAGUUAUAUCUGUGAGCAGCAGCAGUGCGUCGUCCUCCGGCUCCAGCUCAAGUGCCAAUAGUUCCAGCGCCUGCUCCACCGCUUCUCGGACGAACACGACGGAUUCGCAUGUGAGGCGGUCGCUAGGGGCAACCGCGGUCUGCGUCAUCGGAAAGCAGCACAAGAGCCCGAAGGCACAUCACAGGUCUACCACGCUGAACAGCCAAUGUUCAACAGAGAGUGGCAUUCUAGCAGAUAUCUCCCUAAGUGAUGAUAUGAUACCCGAUGGCAGUCACAUUUGGAAUUCUUCUAGUUUAUCCAAAAGUAGUAGUUCUGCAUCUUCAUCUGAUGCCACAAAUAUUCUAUCAAAUCCUUCACCUGAGACUAUAAAUUCUGAAAAUAAUCUUAAAAAUAUUCCCAACUACACAAGUUGCAACCAAAUGCCACUUUUACUUUACCAAAACGAUCAAGAUGUCACUGUUAAUUUAUAAGAAAUAGGUAGAUUAUAUAUCUUAAGGCUUAUGAUGAAGGAUUAUGAACUGAAAAAUCAUAUAUUUGUUUCCUUGUUUGAAAUAUAGACAAGAUUUCUUUUGGGUCCCAAAUAAAGAUGAAAUUUAA